CCCCAACCGGAUCCUUGAAGAGCACCCUACUCGGCCCCGUCUCUCCUCCUCGGCUGGAGCAGAGCGACCCGGCGGCGUGAGGGAGCCCGGCCGCCCGCACCCCGGCGCUAGCGCAGCCCCGGCCUGUCGGGCCUGAGCCCGAGAAACAGGCGGUGUCCCUGACUCCUGCAGGAUGGCCCAAUGGAACCAGCUGCAGCAGCUCGACACACGGUACCUGGAGCAGCUCCACCAGCUGUACAGUGACAGCUUCCCCAUGGAGCUUCGGCAGUUUCUGGCCCCUUGGAUCGAGAGUCAAGACUGGGCCUACGCGGCCAGCAAAGAGUCCCAUGCCACCUUGGUGUUUCACAAUCUCCUGGGUGAGAUUGACCAGCAAUAUAGUCGUUUCCUGCAAGAGUCCAAUGUCCUCUAUCAGCACAAUCUGCGCAGAAUCAAGCAAUUUCUCCAGAGCAGGUACCUUGAGAAACCAAUGGAGAUUGCCCGCAUUGUGGCCCGGUGCCUGUGGGAAGAGUCCCGACUCCUCCAGACGGCAGCCACUGCCGCUCAGCAAGGAGGCCAGGCCAGCCAUCCCACAGCCGCCGUGGUGACAGAGAAGCAGCAGAUGCUGGAACAGCACCUGCAGGAUGUGCGAAAGAGAGUGCAGGAUCUAGAACAGAAAAUGAAAGUGGUAGAGAAUCUCCAGGACGACUUUGAUUUCAACUACAAAACCCUCAAGAGUCAAGGAGACAUGCAGGACCUGAAUGGUAACAACCAGUCUGUGACCAGGCAGAAGAUGCAGCAGCUGGAGCAGAUGCUCACGGCGCUGGACCAGAUGCGGAGGAACAUUGUGAGUGAGCUGGCGGGACUUUUGUCUGCCAUGGAGUAUGUGCAGAAAACCCUCACAGACGAAGAGCUGGCUGACUGGAAGAGGAGGCAGCAGAUCGCAUGCAUCGGGGGCCCUCCCAACAUCUGCCUCGAUCGUCUCGAAAACUGGAUAACCUCGUUAGCAGAAUCUCAACUUCAGACCCGCCAACAAAUAAAGAAAUUGGAAGAGCUGCAGCAGAAAGUGUCCUACAAGGGGGACCCCAUCGUGCAGCACCGGCCCAUGCUGGAGGAGAGGAUUGUAGAGCUGUUUAGGAACUUGAUGAAAAGUGCCUUUGUGGUUGAGCGGCAACCCUGCAUGCCCAUGCACCCUGACCGGCCGCUGGUCAUCAAGACUGGCGUCCAGUUUACCACAAAAGUCAGAUUGCUAGUCAAAUUUCCUGAAUUGAAUUACCAGCUUAAAAUUAAAGUGUGCAUUGACAAAGACUCGGGGGACGUGGCGGCUCUCAGAGGAUCGAGGAAAUUUAACAUCCUGGGCACGAACACCAAAGUCAUGAACAUGGAAGAGUCCAACAACGGCAGUCUGUCUGCAGAGUUCAAACACUUGACCCUAAGGGAGCAAAGAUGUGGCAACGGGGGUCGCGCCAAUUGUGAUGCCUCCCUGAUUGUGACCGAGGAGUUGCACUUGAUCACCUUCGAGACCGAGGUAUACCACCAAGGCCUCAAGAUCGACCUCGAGACCCACUCCUUGCCAGUUGUGGUCAUCUCCAACAUCUGUCAGAUGCCGAAUGCCUGGGCAUCGAUCCUAUGGUACAACAUGCUGACCAACAACCCCAAGAACGUGAACUUCUUCACCAAGCCCCCGAUUGGAACGUGGGACCAAGUGGCUGAAGUGUUGAGCUGGCAGUUUUCCUCUACCACCAAGCGGGGGCUGAGCAUCGAGCAGUUGACCACACUGGCUGAGAAGCUCCUAGGACCUGGUGUGAACUAUUCAGGGUGUCAGAUCACAUGGGCUAAAUUUUGCAAAGAAAACAUGGCUGGCAAGGGCUUUUCCUUCUGGGUCUGGCUGGACAACAUCAUUGACCUUGUGAAAAAGUACAUCCUGGCCCUUUGGAAUGAAGGGUACAUAAUGGGCUUUAUCAGCAAGGAGCGUGAGCGGGCCAUCUUGAGUACCAAGCCCCCAGGGACCUUCUUGCUAAGAUUCAGUGAAAGCAGCAAAGAAGGAGGCGUCACCUUCACGUGGGUGGAGAAGGACAUCAGUGGGAAGACGCAGAUCCAGUCAGUGGAGCCCUACACCAAGCAGCAGCUCAACAACAUGUCGUUUGCUGAGAUCAUCAUGGGCUACAAGAUCAUGGACGCCACCAACAUCCUGGUAUCCCCACUCGUCUACCUGUACCCUGACAUCCCCAAGGAAGAAGCCUUCGGAAAGUACUGUCGGCCCGAGAGCCAGGAGCACCCAGAAGCUGACCCGGGUAGUGCUGCCCCAUACCUGAAGACCAAGUUCAUCUGUGUGACACCAACGACCUGCAGCAAUACCAUUGACCUGCCGAUGUCCCCCCGCACUUUAGAUUCAUUGAUGCAGUUUGGAAAUAAUGGUGACGGUGCAGAGCCCUCGGCAGGAGGGCAGUUUGAGUCCCUCACGUUUGACAUGGAGUUGACCUCGGAGUGCGCUACCUCCCCCAUGUGAGGAGCUGAGGACGGAAGCUGCCGCCAUGCCUGAGGCACCUCCCCGCGCCCCGCCGCCCCUCAGCCAGCCAAAGCCCAGGGUGUCGGAAACUCCUAACUCUGUGGUUCCAGAUUUUUUUUGUAAUCUACUUCUGCUAUCUUUGAGCAAUCUGGGCACUUUUUUUUUUUUUUUUUUUUGCAAUAGAGAGAUGUGUGAAUGUGGGUGCUAUGCUUUCAUCUAGAUGCAAAUAAGAACGUGUUCUCGGAGGACAGCAUGUGAGGAGGUGGGAGUGGGCGGCUGGCGGGAGCGAGAGGAAGCGGCUGCCGUGUUCUGUCUCCCUGCCCUCCUUUCUCAGCCGCUUUCUGUCACCACCGCUGUCAGACAAGUGCCUCCUGGUGCCUGUGGCACCUCCUGCCUAUUUAUGCCAGCCAGCGCCCUGUCCACCCCUAGAUACGUCCUCCUGGCAUUGCAUUUUGGCCCAUUGCUAAUGUCCGAGUGGACUGCCUGAAUACCCCAGGCCACUUUCUAAAUGAAAUAAUCGUACUGAAAGGGCAAAGAAACCCAAAUUGUCACAUUUUGUGAGCAAUGUAGCUUUUGUGUAUUUAAUUCAGCUCCCAGCCUCCUCGGUGCUCUAAGCAUUGGUUUUCUGUGGGCUGAUAAUUUAUAAAAACUCUGAGACGGGCUUCUGAUCACUUUUUGAAGAUAUCUGAAGCUGUGGCUUAAUAGCCUUUGGUUUUGACACAGGUAGAUUUUAAAGAGAACCUACCCAUUAUAGGCUUUUAUUUUUUAAUUAACAGAUUUUAAUUUUCCUCUGUGACAUUGGCCUUUUAGCUGGUGAAGCUAGGCAGAGGGGGCAUAAGAUCUGUCCCCCUCCCCAGACUGCCACCCUGCUGCAGACAGAGCCUCGCCAUGACUCUGGGUGCCUUUGCAGGACUGGGAUGGCCUGGCUCCUCGCCCGGCCCACCCCAAGCCCACGCCUGCCCUGGGCUUCCAGGCUCUUUGUCCUGCUUGCUUCGGGAACCCUGCUCUGAGGACCCCAAUGAGAGGGGCAGGCCAAAGUUGUCAGGGUGAUGGUGAGGCCCUAGCCAAGUGUCUGGCUGAGCUCAGGGAAUACAGUUCUUGGCCCAGUUUCUCACCGACUUCCCACGGCGCCUGCAAAGCCUUCUUCACUUGGCUAGCACAGGGCAGAGACCUCCUCCCAACCAAGCCCUCCACGGGAGUGUUUUGCACUCAGCCUCCCCAGGGCGGGUGGGGGCUUACCUGCACCUGCUGUGGCCUCCGCUGUGCCUGUGAACAUGCAGUGUGCUCUGCUCGGAGGGCUUAUCAGAUCCAGAGGUUUCUGUGGAACUGUUAGCUCCACACUUGAUGACUCCUGAACUGAAGGGUGAGGGCCUGCUCUCCAAGACGAACAGGGCUUGCCCAGGGACAUCCCGUCCUCCUGCUUGGGGGUGGAGGGGGGCUGAUUCGUUGUACGGAGCCCUCCCCUCCACAGCAACACUUUUCCUACAUAAUAAGCUGACUGCCUACCGCCACAAACUAGAAAAGAUGAAACUCGGGGCAUACGAGGGGCAUAAAUCCUGAGGACCCAGGCUUAAUAUUUUGUGUUUCUCAGGAACAAACAUUGUCGAGUUCCCGCGCUUGGGUAGCACGCAUAUCUGGGUUCGCUCUGAUUGUAGCAGAAGUUCUGAGAGGAGCUGGGCCUUUCUCUCACCUCUCCCUUCCCCGGGCCCUGCCUGCUCUCUCUCAAUUGCCCCUGCCCAGCCCCAGAUCAGCCGAGGGAUUUCUAUUGAUCGCUUCAUCUAUGAGUGGUUUAUAAGCUGCUGUCCUAGCCACUGCACUCAAAUUCUAAUAUGUACUAAAUAGUGUAAAAAUUUAUAUUAUUGUGGGGUUUUCCUUUUUUUUUUUUUUUUUGUAUAUUGCUGUAUCUACUUUAACUUCCAGAAAUAAAAGUUAUAUAGGAAGCGUCUGAGA